AUGAAGGUGUACACGACCAUCGUGCUCGCGGCCAUGGCCAUGCAGGUCGUGCUCGGCGGUGGCGGCGGCGGCAUCAACUUCGACAACGCCGGCAGCUACUCGCCCGGUGGUGCUAACCAGGGCUCGGCCGACAACUACACGAACGACGGACCCAAGACCGGCCUGAACACGCCGGUGCCGGCGGCCUCGACUGCUCCGCCCGCCCCGGCUGCUACGCCGGCCAUGACGACUCCGACGUCAGAGCUCGGCAGCCACGCUCAGGAAACCCCCGCUGCUACCCCCGCUGCUACGACGCCCACGUCGGGCACUGGCUCUGGCUCGUCGCCCUACCAGCAGACGCCUGUGUCGACCCCGGCCGCCACGACGCCUACCGGCUCUGCUCCUUCGACUGGCUCGGGCUCGUCGCCUUCGCAAGAGACGCCCUCGACUGGUUCGGGCUCGUCGCCUUCGCAGGAGACGCCCUCGACCGGUUCGGGCUCGUCCCCUUCGCAGGACGUCCCCGUGUCGACCCCGGCCGCCACGGCCCCGACCUCGCAGCUCGGUUCAUCGGACGAAGACACGCCGUGCCCGACGCUGGAGUACAACUACCCUGUUGGCACCCCGGCUGCUACGACGCCCACUAUCGAGCAGGGCAGCGGCGCGGAGGACACUCCGUGCCCCACGCUGGAGUACAACUACCCGACUCCCUCGACCGGCUCGGGCUCCACUCCUUCACAGGAAACCCCAUCGACUGGAUCGGGCUCGUCCCCUAGCCAGGACAUCCCUGUGAGCACCCCGGCAGCUACGACGCCAACCGCUGAGCAGGGCUCUGGCUCGUCGCCUUCGCAGGAGACUCCCUCGACUGGUUCGGGCUCGUCGCCUUCGCAGGAGACGCCCUCUACUGGCUCGGGUUCGUCCCCUUCGCAGGACGAUGUCCCCGUGACCACCCCGGCCCCGACGACGCCUUCGUCGGAGCUGGGCUCGUCGGACGAGGACACUCCGUGCCCGACUCUGCAGUACAACUACCCGGUGUCGACGCCUGCUGCUUCGACCCCGACGACCGAGAAUGGUUCCGGUUCAUCGCCUUCGCAGGAGACGCCUUCCACUGGCUCGGGCUCGUCGCCCUUGCAGGAGACGCCUUCCACCGGCUCGGGCUCGUCGCCCUCGCAGAACACUCCUACGACGGAGCAGGGCAGUGGCUCGGAGGACACUCCUUGCCCGACGCUUGAGUACAACUACCCGGUUUCGACGCCUGCCUCGACCACGCCUACUGCUGAGCAGGGUUCUGGCUCGUCGCCCUCGCAGGACACGCCUUCGACCGGCUCGGGCUCGUCUCCCUCGCAGGAGACGCCUUCCACCGGCUCGGGCUCGUCUCCCUCGCAGAACACUCCUACGACGGAGCAGGGCAGUGGCUCGGAGGACACUCCUUGCCCGACGCUUGAGUACAACUACCCGGUUUCGACGCCUGCCUCGACCACGCCUACUGCUGAGCAGGGUUCUGGCUCGUCGCCCUCGCAGGACACGCCUUCGACCGGCUCGGGCUCGUCUCCCUCGCAGGACACGCCUUCCACCGGCUCGGGCUCGUCUCCCUCGCAGAACACUCCUACGACGGAGCAGGGCAGUGGCUCGGAGGACACUCCUUGCCCGACGCUUGAGUACAACUACCCGGUUUCGACGCCUGCCUCGACCACGCCUACUGCUGAGCAGGGUUCUGGCUCGUCGCCCUCGCAGGACACGCCUUCGACCGGCUCGGGCUCGUCUCCCUCGCAGGACACGCCUUCGACCGGCUCGGGCUCGUCUCCCUCGCAGGAGACUCCUUCGACGGGCUCGGGCUCCUCGCCCAGCCAGGAGGUGCCUGUCACUACCCCUGCUCCCACGACUCCUACGUCCGAGCAGGGCUCUGGAUCGUCGCCCAGCCAGGACGUGCCUGCCACGACGCCUGCCGCCACUACCCCCACGUCGGAGCAGGGCAGCGGCUCGUCCCCCGCUCAGCAGUCCUCGGGCUCGGCUCCCUACGCUUCGGGCUCGGGCUCUAGUCCCGCUCAGGAGACCCCUGUGAGCACCCCGGCUGCCACGACGCCCACCUCUGAGCUCGGCUCUUCGUCGACCGCUGGCUCGGGCUCCAGCCCGGAGCAGCAGAUCCCUGAGGUGACCCCCGCGGCUACCACGCCUACCUCGGAGCAGGGCAGCGGCUCGUCGCCCGCUCAGCAGUCGUCUGGCUCGGCUCCCAACGGCUCGGGCUCCAGCCCGGAGCAGCAGAUCCCUGAGGUGACUCCGGCCGCCACUACCCCGACUUCGGAGCAGGGCUCGACCACGGGUUCCGGCUCGAACCCCGCACAGCAGACUGGCUCGGGCUCCAACCCCUCCCAGGAGACGCCUGUGAGCACCCCCGCCGCUACUACCCCGACUUCGGAGCUUGGCAGCCACGCGUCGGAGACUGGCUCGGGCUCGAACCCCGCUCAGCAGACCCCUGUGAGCACCCCCGCCGCCACGACGCCUACUUCGGAACUCGGCAGCCACGCAGAGGAGACUCCUGAGGCUACCCCUGCCGCUACCCCGUGCGCGAACGAGAGCGGCUCGGGCUCCAACCCCACUCAGCAGAACGGUUCGGGCUCUAACCCUGCCCAGCAGACCCCUGUGAGCACCCCUGCCGCUACUACGCCUACUUCGGAGCUUGGCAGUCACGCUUCGGAGACCGGCUCGGGCUCCAACCCCGUCCAGCAGAACGGUUCGGGCUCUAACCCCUCCCAGGAGACCCCUGUGAGCACCCCCGCCGCUACUACGCCGACCUCGGAGCUUGGCAGCCACGCGUCGGAGACUGGCUCGGGCUCCAGCCCCUCGCAGGAGACCCCGGUGAGCACGCCUGCCGCUACUACCCCGACUUCGGAGCAGGGCUCUGGCUCGUCGCCGGCCCAGCAGUCCUCGGGUUCGGCUCCUCACCAGUCUGGCUCGGGCUCGUCUCCGGAGCAGCAGAACACCCCUACUUCGACUCCGGCCGCUACCACGCCUACCUCGGAGCUGGGCUCGUCCUCGACUGAGCACUCCGCCUCGACUUCGGCUUCUACCUCCACCUCCGGCUCGGGCUCGAACAAGUCCGGCUCCGGCUCGACCCCCGCUACUGAGACCCCGGUGACGGAGGCUCCUUCCACGACGGCCCCGGCCACGACGGCUCCUGCCGCGACCACGCCUGCCCCGACGCCUAAGUCCGGCAAGACGGGCAAGAUUGGCGCUGGCAAGCCGACCACGCCGUCGACGGAGAGCCCGGACGACUCGUACCUCCAGACCCAGCAGCAGCAGUCGCGCUUCCUGCGGGCCUAAGCAACCAUUCGACGUCAACGGGAGCGUCCGUCGAAGUUUUGACCAACACUGGAACAACUUGUUGUAUCUUUGUUCAUGUCCGGCCAAGUAGCUGCCUCUUAGCUGUGGACUCGCGCGUAGUAACUCACUAGCGAAUACAGCUAAGUCACUUGACCAAUACACAUCGUAGACUACUUCAUACUGCAGGGCAGUGCAGUAAC